AUGGACAGCAAUUUUAACCUAAACAAUAUUUGUCUUCGCCAGCAAAUACAUUUUCAAGCGAACGCCUUCCGUGCGAUUGCAGUUUUCUUGGUCAGCAUUCCCCUCUGUGUUAUGACUCUACUUGGAAAUGCUGCGAUUUUGAUAACAAUCUUCAAGACUCCAUCCUUACAUUCACCAGCUCAUAUUUUAUUGGCAGGCCUUGCUUUGUCAGACUUUGCCUUUGGCUUCAUUGUACAGCCCUUACUUUUGUCGAUUGUACUCUCUGCAGGAUAUAACCAUGAUUUACCACUAGCAACGUUUCGUCUGAUGUGUUCAAGCUUCAACUGUUCGGCCAUCGUUUUGUGCGGAGUUUCUCUGGGGACCAGUAUCGCAAUUGCGUUGGACCGACUACUUGCUCUCCGCUUACACUUGAGA